UUGAAUCAGACAGCAAAUGACGAGAAGGAUAAACACUCGUUAUCUUACAUAAAUAAGCUUUUCCUCUUUAUUCCUCAAUAAAUUAAGUUGUUAUCUCAAAGGCACGUUUAAACACUUCCUUGUGGUAAAUCAGGUAUUCGGUUGUUAUGUAUUGAUUUAGAUGAUUGAUACAUGCACUAUCAAGGAAUUCCGUAAAACAAAAUGGGGGACAGAGCAGGUAUAGGAUAUGAACAACUCGGAGACGGUUACACAGAUAGACAUUCAACAUUUGGAGCGGAUUCCCCACCCUCAUACCAGUCAAUAGCUCAACCACUUUACCAAAGUUAUGGUCAACAAUCAUACCAAAACCAAACGGUCACUGUAGUUAGUACGAGCACAUCAAUGACUCAAACUGACACGGCGGACAGAGAUGCCCAGCUAAGCGAACCUCCAGAGAAUAUUAUAGCAUACACUUUAAUAACCUUCUGUUGCUGCUGGCUGCUUGGAAUAUUUGCCAUCUAUUUUGCAAACAAGGCAAAUAUUUUGGCAAGACACGGUGAUGAUGAAGGAGCGAAGAAGGCGUCAGUUAUAGCCCAUAGAUUGUUGAUAGCCAGUGUGACUUUGGGGCUACUUUUCAUUGCUUUAUCUCUCUUUACGGUUUUAUGGCUAAAAUUCCAUGUUGAAUAUUACUGACGAAUAUUAUUACACUCAUUGGAAGUGAACAUAUACUACACAAGAUUAUUGAUUUUUGGUUUGUAAAAGAAUUAUUCAUCAAACAUUUUUGCCAAUUUCAUCUGUUCUAUUUGUGAUAAUCAUGGAUCUAAGCUAUUUCCAGCACAUUAAUAGUGUGUAAUAUAAAUUCCUUACAGGAAAGCAAAAGGUAAAAUAUAACACGAAAAUAAUCUUUACCAGCAAGUACUAUCUGGGUAAGCAUAUAAUAAUUGGCUAACGGCAUUGUGGCAACCUCGAGCUCAUUAAAAAUGACGUUAAACAGCGAAUAAAUGGCAGAAUAUUAUCGUUUUGCAUGAAUGUGUUCUCACACUUUUAGGAGUCAUUUUGUAGUAAGCAUCCGUCGACUGCGACACUAUUUUUUGUGUGGUUUCAUUGAUAAGAGAAACGAAUCAUACGCUUCUGCAAGACUUUUAAUGACGGCGGUGUUGAAACGUCACUACUAUUUUGCUAUAUCAUUAUCGAUCUGUCUCAUUAAAUCAAAUUAAUUACCGGUCUGGAAAACGUUUGUGUCUGUUUAACCCUUUUCCUCAUGAGCAUAUUGCGAAAAAAAAUGGCCAUUUUCAUUGAAAAGCCUCCUGUUACAAGUUUAAACUGCUUUGAAACUAUGAAAAUGCUUGAAUACUAAUCAAACUUGGCGGACCAUUGCCUUUCUAACGACAUGCUCAGUCUUAAAUUUCCUGUUACCAUGGCAACGAGGGUACGUCUCAAAAUUGCCAAAAAUCACUAUUUUGCCUCAAUUUUUUCCAUAAAAAUCUAUUUCAAAGUGCUGCAACUUUUCAAGGGAUUGAGAUAGAGUCA